AUGGGCCUCGGUGUACUGGAGGACCGCAAACUCGAGCUGGUGCCGGGUAGGACGUCUCACAUCUAUGAGGUGACGCGCAGCUCGAGCAGCCAGCCUUCGGAGGUCACCGGCCUGAAGCAUGCCAAAAACGCGAGAAUACCCACGAUUCUCGUUCCGCAGUCGAGUAAAGACCCCCAUGACCCCUCGAACUGGCCCCUCUGGAGACGCGACCUCAUCCUAUCAAUCCUCUGCUUCAUCACAGUUCUCUGCAUCAUCACAGUUCUCUGCACAACGAUAGGCUCCAUCAUGGCGGCCAACACAGUAACCACCGCCGAUUACAAUCACAUCACCUUUGUCGAUGCAGCCCUGCUUACUGGGUUUCAUCUUUGUGGAACAGGUGUCACUGGGAUCUUCAUCGUCCCCACCGCGAAUAUGGGGAAAGCGCAUUUAUUUAUUCUCGGUCACGGUAUCGCGCUGGCGCCCUUUGAAGCCCUCGUCAAUGCUUGUGUUGACGAUCUGUAUUUCGUUCAUGAAAGAGGGAAACGGAUGGCUAUCACCAAUGUGGCCUUGUUUGGGGCAGCAUGUUACCGUGGGCAAGAACACCAAGUCUCUUGGCUGGCAAUGGUCAUUCUACUUUGUGGCCAUUUUUCUAGCUGCAGCGCUGCCCUUCAUGAUAAACUCGACCAAUCCAAGUCUGCAUUCCCGGACGACUUCACAUCGACAACAGAAGUUCCUGCCGCCGCCACUCAAGAAAACGAAUCUUUCCUCAAAUCAUUCCGGCUAUGUAACGGAAGGGAGACGGACGACCCCUUCUUCAAGCUUGUUGUUCGUUCCUUUCCACUGCUUUUCCACCUGGGAAUUCUUUAUGCAUGUCUGAUCCAAAGCGUUAUGAUUGGCUGGUCAGUCUUCAUAGGAGUUUCACUGGCAACCGUAUUCCUCGGGCCUCCCACUUGGUUUCCCGAAGAAGAAACCGGGUAUCUGUAUGCAGGGGCCUUUGCUGGAGCUAUGGUUGGCUUUGUCCUGUCUGCGGUACUAACUGAUUCCAUGAACAAGAUAAUGAUCCGACUCAACCGUGGAAUAUAUGAGCCCGAGUUCCGCAUUCCCAUAGUGAUACUGCAGCUCAUCUUCAGCAGCAUCGGGCUUUACGGGUUCGGGUGGACUGCCAAUGAUGUUGCUAAGUAUUCCUGGCUUCUGCCAGAUGUCUUUUUCGCAUUCGUGAUCGCCGGGGUGGUCGUAGGAGCUGUAGCAGCUCCCCUCUACAUCAUUGAUGCGCAUGGUAAGUGA